UCGUACGGACGUGCUUAACGUCAUCGUGUCGCGUGUUCCGGGCGACUGUGACGACAGGUCGGACUCGCGCGAAACGACCCGCGGACGUAUUUCGGUUGUGCGCUCGUACGGUGCCCGGCGCGGUUAUCGGGACGACGGCGACGGAUCGCGCGGUCCUCGCGGGCUGCUAACGAAAACGUUCGGUCUUCGGCGAAACACCGCCGCCGGCAUGGGCGCGCCCACCACGCUUACCGUUACCGGUAUCGUGUUCCUCUCGAUGGGCGUUUUCAUCGGAUGGUUCGCUUUCCCGAGAAUGAUACACAACAAAAUCUUGGAGAGCAAAGCUAUAAAUCCAAGAUCUCCCAUGCGUCAAAUGUGGGAACAUCCGCCAAUAACUGCAGAUUUUAAAAUUUUUUUGUUCAACGUAACUAAUCCCGAAGAAGCACAAAAAGGAGAAAAAGUUAUACUGAAAGAAGUCGGGCCAUAUUUUUAUCAUGAAUGGAAAUUUAAAGAAGAUUUGGAAGACGAUUCUAAAUCGGAUACCGUUGAAUUUAGUUUCAAAAACACUUUUAUUUUUGAUGAAAUGAUGACACUACCUUUAACCGGAGAAGAAAUUAUAACUAUGCCUCAUUUAGCUAUGCUAGGAAUGGUGACAAUGACUAAAAUGACAAAACCAGCAGCAAUAGGCUUAAUUAAUAAAGCCAUUCCUCUGUUAUAUCCAGAUCAAACUAAUGCUUUUAUGACUGCAACUGCUAAUGAUAUUAUGUGGAAUGGUUUGGAUAUAAACUGUACGUCUUCGGAGUUUCCAGCCGUUGCAGUUUGUACACAAAUAAGACAAAACUCAGCAAGCUUACACAAAAUCAACAAUAAUCAUUUCAAAUUUUCCUUACUAGGAGUGAAAAAUGGAACGGUUGAAAGCAAUCGCUACGUAGUGAACCGCGGGUUGAAAAUGCCCAUGGAUGUCGGUCAGGUGAUUCGGUUCAAUGGCAAGCACAAGAUGGACGUGUGGCCGGGUGACGAGUGUAAUCGGAUAUACGGAACGGAUACAACAAUAUUUCAACCAUUCAUCUCGACAGACACCAACUUGGCCAGCUUCAGUGGUGACCUUUGCCGAUCAUUGAAUACAGACUAUGUUCAAGAAACGCAGUAUAAUGGUUUAAAGGUGUUUGAAUAUACAGCUAUGUUGGUAAAACCAGAAGAAAAAUGUUUCUGUUUGAAUAAGAAAAAAUGUCUUAAACAUGGUGCGUUGGAUUUGACAAAUUGUUCAGGUUCUCCGAUAAUAGCAACUCUUCCGCAUUUUUAUAAGUCUGAAGAAUAUUUAAAAGAUGUCGAUGGAUUAAGCCCUAAAGAUGAAAAUCACAGAAUUAAAAUGUAUUUUGAACCUAUGACUGGCACUCCACUACUUGGUUACAGACGUAUGCAAUUUAAUAUGUUUUUGAAAAAAGAACCAAAGAUAACAGUUAUGAAAACGCUAAACGAAGAAGAGAAAUUAGUGCCAUUGUUCUGGGUCGAAGAGGGAAUUGCUUUGAAUAAAACGUGGACCAGUCAAAUAAAAAAUAAACUAUAUUUACCAAUUACCAUCGUCAAAUAUGCCAAAUUCGUACUGGUCGCCUUGGGUAUUGUAUUUAUUAUAUUAGCAGUGGUCCUCAACUAUAAUAGUGUUAAAACAAUGGAGGUCACACCGAAUAUUUAAUAUGCAUUUGCAAUAAUUAUUGUAAAAUUGAGUUUAGACUUCACAAAAAUACUAGUUUUUAUUCUAAUACACUAUGAAAAUUCUUACUAUUUAUUAUCUAUGUAUAUAUUUUAAGUCACUGGGUUGUAGAGAAAUCAAACAAUACUGUGAAGAGUAAAUUUUGGUUUUUUAUUAUUUAAUUAUUAUUUUAUUGUAUGUAAAAUUAU